GGGGCGGAGUAGUUGUGGCGGCGGUUUCCGUUCUGUUGGUUGGUGUUUCUUCCUUGCCGGAGCGACUGGGUAGACCGCGGCGUCAUGGUCGAGGAGGUACAGAAACAUUCUGUGCACACACUUGUGUUCAGGUCAUUGAAGAGAACCCAUGACAUGUUUGUGGCUGAUAAUGGAAAACCUGUGCCUUUGGAUGAAGAGAGUCACAAACGAAAAAUGGCAAUCAAGCUGCGGAAUGAGUAUGGUCCUGUGUUGCAUAUGCCUACUUCAAAAGAAAAUCUUAAAGAGAAAGGCCCUCAGAAUGCAUCAGAUUCAUAUGGACACAAACAAUAUCCUGCCAAUCAAGGACAAGAAGUUGAAUAUUUGGUGACAGGUACACAUCCAUAUCCACCAGGACCUGGGGUUGCUUUGACAGCGGACACUAAGAUCCAAAGAAUGCCAAGUGAAUCAGCUGCACAGUCCUUAGCUGUGGCACUACCUACUUCUCAAGCUAGGGUCGAUGCAAACCGUAGUGCACCUGCUGGAGGUGAAUACCGACACCCUGGGGCUUCUGACCGGUCACAGCCUGCAGGGGCAGUUGUUAUGGACGGUGGCAAUGCCAAGAACUCCGCACUGAUGGCUAAAAAAGCCCCUACGAUGCCGAAACCUCAGUGGCACCCACCGUGGAAACUCUACAGAGUGAUCAGUGGGCAUCUUGGCUGGGUUCGAUGUAUUGCUGUGGAACCUGGAAACCAGUGGUUUGUUACUGGAUCUGCUGACAGAACUAUAAAGAUCUGGGACUUGGCUAGUGGCAAGUUAAAACUGUCAUUAACUGGGCACAUCAGUACGGUGCGUGGUGUGAUAGUGAGCACAAGGAGCCCGUACCUGUUCUCCUGUGGAGAAGACAAACAAGUCAAAUGCUGGGAUCUUGAGUAUAAUAAGGUUAUAAGGCACUAUCACGGACAUCUGAGUGCAGUGUAUGGUUUAGAUCUGCACCCAACAAUCGACGUGCUGGUGACCUGUAGCCGAGACUCAACUGCACGGAUAUGGGAUGUGAGAACUAAAGCCAGUGUACACACGUUAUCUGGACAUACUAAUGCAGUGGCUACAGUGAGGUGUCAAGCUGCGGAACCACAAAUUAUUACUGGAAGUCAUGACACUACCAUACGAUUAUGGGAUUUGGUGGCUGGAAAAACAAGAGUCACAUUAACAAAUCACAAAAAGUCCGUCAGGGCUGUGGUUUUACAUCCAAGACAUUACACGUUUGCAUCUGGUUCUCCAGAUAACAUAAAACAGUGGAAAUUCCCCGAUGGAAGCUUCAUUCAAAAUCUUUCUGGUCACAAUGCUAUUAUUAAUACACUGACAGUAAAUUCUGAUGGAGUGCUUGUAUCUGGAGCUGACAAUGGCACUAUGCAUCUUUGGGACUGGAGAACUGGCUACAAUUUCCAGAGAGUUCAUGCAGCAGUGCAGCCUGGGUCUUUGGACAGUGAGUCAGGAAUAUUUGCUUGUGCUUUUGAUCAGUCUGAAAGUCGGUUAUUAACAGCUGAAGCUGAUAAAACCAUUAAAGUGUACAGAGAGGACGACACAGCGACAGAAGAAACUCAUCCAGUCAGCUGGAAGCCAGAAAUUAUCAAGAGAAAGAGAUUUUAAUGUGGCGUUGUCUUCAUGGUGGUUCCAGUUUUGUUUUUUGUUUCUUGUUUAGCUUGGUGUUGAUGAGAAUAUCCAGUCAUUUGUGCUCCGGCUAGGAAUAUAAAGCAAAAACUCACAUGCUUGAAUCAUUGCUUUUUCAUAUUUUACAAUGAACUGUCCUCUCCCCAUGUUUUUAUUUCUAAAAUAAACAGUUUGAGAUUCUAGGAGGAAAGAUGCAGAUAUCAAGCAUAUGUGGAUUUGUUGAACAUAACUAUCCUAAAGAUAGAAUGACUUAUCACUUUUAUUAAAACACACUUUUUUUUUUUUUUAACUUACAGAACUGCUUACUGUAGUAGGACAUGUUUUGAGGGGAGCAGUCUUUCUUUUUAAUCCUUUAAAAACUGGUGUCUGUGACUGAUAAUUUGGGAUUAAAGGAUUUGAAGCGUUAA